AGCGGAUGCAGCAAUAAUCUUUGUCAAGUGAAUUCCUUGUCACAAAUUGUGAAUCUAUCUUCUCCAUUACGGGCGUAUGAAUACCUUCAACUACUAUGCCUGACGGGUUUUACUCCUCGCCCUUCUGGGCUGGCUACCUAGAAGCACAACGAAGCAAGCUACCUGUGCUUCCGGAAAUUGACGAUGGCUUGUCUAGCUGCGUUGUGCGCUUCCUUGGGUGCAAUCCUGGAAGCAUGCAGCUACAGGGCACGAACACAUACCUCGUUGGCACUGGAAGCACUAGAAUACUCAUUGACACUGGAGAGGGAGCUCCGCAAUGGGCAUUGGGUAUGACCAGAUAUCUCGAAGACCACGACAUAUCCAUCUCCCAUGUCCUCCUCACACACUGGCACAAGGACCAUACUGGUGGUAUAGCCGAUCUCCUUGCCCAUGAUUCCAAUAUAUUAGUAUACAAGCACAGGCCUGACCAGGGCCAGCUGGACAUCGUAAACGGUCAAACUUUUCAAACGCCAGGUGCGACUCUCAGGGCGGUGCUGACGCCUGGGCACACCGUUGACCAUACAUGCUUCGUGUUGAAAGAGGAAAACGCUCUUUUUACCGGUGACAACGUGCUAGGCCAUGGCUACAGUGUAGCUGAGGACCUGGAAGCCUACACAGACAGCCUCCGCCUGAUGGCAAGUCUAAAGUGUGCCAUCGGCUAUCCCGGCCAUGGAGACGUGAUAUAUAACCUACCCCAAGCGAUGGCAAAAUAUAUCGCGCAGAGGGUUUCAAGAGAGAGGCAAAUAUAUGCCGUGUUGGCCCGGCAAACCUCUUCCUGUUCUUCGUCUAGUAAUGUGAGCAGCGCAAGCAGUGUCAGGACCAUCAAAAGUGGCGACGCGGGAGGUACCGUCGGCCCUGAUAAUGGUCGCGAUGAGGAAGAUGGCAAUGGGACGGACACAGUGCAGGGCCUAUCCACAGCUGACAUAGGCGGUCUCAUUUACGGAGAGGUCUCCAAAGAUAGCGCAACGUUUGAUUCAGCUGUGGGGCCCCUGUUGAAUCAGGUUUUAUACAUGUUGCUAGAGCAAGGCAAGGUUGGUUCUAGGUUAAUUGGGCCGGAUAAUACUAGGCAUUGGUUUGCAACGGCUCAACCAAUUUAAGAACGAAUUUCAUGUUUUUGCUACUUCUUGC